AUGGAUCAACACGACUACUCUGUUCGCGGCAGCGCGUCAUCGCAGCGAGUCGACGAGGCAGCGAGCGAGGCCGCAUCAUCGAUCGCCAUGCGUCACUUGCCCGCCGAUCCCGCCACCAUCUUACGUGGCGUUCCCUUUGUACCCGCCGGCGAACAGCGAUUGCUUCCUUCACUCGAAAUCGCCAGAAGCCGCUUAGAAACGUCGGGCGGCGACUUAAAUCUCCCGCCAAAUCCGUGGAAUUUGCCAGUGGGGGCGUCUGCUGGAGUCGUAGUUCCGUUCGGCGCGGAGAAUACCAGCACUGGUAGUAGGGUCGUGCCAGCAGCCGCACGGCCUCAUUUGAACCCCCCCCGCAAUGAAGAGCGCUCUUCAGUGUACCGUGAUCUCCCUGGAAGCGCAGCUGAGCUUUCGCUUCACGGCGCUCUCCCCUUGUCCCUGGCAGCUACAACAACUGCCGUGGGCGUCGGCUCGCCGCUGCAGCUGGCGCCGCGAGUGACCCCUCCAGGCGCCCCUCCGCCCCUGGUGCUAGCAUGCGGACAGGACGAACAGCAGCGCCACAGCGCUGCCGGUGCACGGAGCUCGAGUCGCGAGCAGACACAAGAGGUGCCGUUGAUAGGGUUCCCCUCGUCCCUCCUUCACGCCAUGAAAGCUGGGGUGGCGCCCGGGCACUGUGAGAACAGCCCAGCGGCAGGACGAGCGGCAAUUGGUUUGAGAGGAGGACGUCAGGAAACGGGUGCGGGCAGGACGAGCGCAGCGAGCGUGCAGUGGGGCAGCGGUCUUGCUCUGUCGCAGCCUGCCCUGCCUCCGGCUCGUGAGAUCAGGUUCGCUCUGCUGGGCGAACGGGAAGCAGCAGGAGAAGAGGAUAGAGGAGCUGGUAAGGGGAGCGGGGCAGCGGGAGAAGUGCGGGGAGGAGGAGGAGGGGAAGGUGGGGGGCAGAAGGAGGAGCUGAAAGGGUUCUUUGGCCUGGGACAGGCGGAGGCUCCUGGGGCGCAAGGCAUGGCUGCGUUGGCAGCGUACCAACGCCGUGAUGACCCCUGCAGCGGCGCCGCUGCACCACUGCACUCCGCCUUCCCUCAACAACCUGCUGCUGCUGCUUCUGCUUCUGCUGUUGCUGCUGGUGAUGGUGGUGCGACUGGUGCAGGUGAUUUCAGGCGCACGCUGAGAGGGAGUCUGGGAAGCGAGGUGCCGCAGGAGGGCAGCAAUUGUCUGGGAGGGGCGUUCCUGUCCCUUGGGUUCCCUGGCAGCAGUGCCCAGGAGCCGCUGCUGCCGCCCGCGGAGCAACAAGGCAAGAGAGUGGACGAGGUUGGAGCGAGGGGUCUGUCAGAGCUGUUGCUGCGUGCACGCAGCAGCAGAGAAGUGUCUCCCACUCAUGCUCGCACGCCCGUGGAGGUAGGCACGUCCGGGUCCAGAGCAGAGGGGUUACAGGUUGGCCCGCGGGAGGAUGUGUGGCUGGGCUUGGGGGCGGGGCUGGCGCUGCAGGGGGGUGUGGGCGCCAAGGGGGGAGUGGGGGAAGGGAGGGUGGCGGUGGGGGGAGCUGUGGACUCAAGUGCUGGGAUAGCAAUUUGUGGGGCUGUGGGGCCCAGCGCAGGCGAGCUUGCUGCUGCGGCCCUUACUGCUGGCGCUGUGGGCUCGAGGUAUGGGGAGGGCGGAGAGGUGGCGCAGGAGAGGCACGAGGAGGGCAGGGGCGCAGGGAGUGGGCGAGGAGGCGGCGCCAGUGGCAGAAUAUGGAGUGGGGGGGAGCGGGAGGGCAGUGUGAGUGGGGGGAGCAGUGGGGUGACUGGGAGGGGGGACACGGGGGGGAGUGGGCGGGGAGAAGCAGGGGGAUGGGGCAAAGUUGGUAGCGGCAAAGCAGGCAGGGCGAGCAGCGGAGGGGCGAGCGCGGGGCCUGGGAGAUCCAUGGGGGGAGCAGCGGAGGGGGGCUCGGUGGGGGGAGGGAGCAGCGUGCGGGGCGGAGGUGGCAGCAGUGACCCGUUCAUCUGCCAGGUGGACAGUUGUGACGUGGAGCUGACGUCACACAAGGAAUACUACAGGCGGCACCGCGUGUGCGAAGCACACGCCAAGGCCACGCACGUGCACAUCCAGGGCAAGGCACAGCGCUUCUGCCAGCAGUGCAGCCGGCGAACCCCUCACUACCCUCUUCACCAUCCCUCACUUCCCUCCCCACUCUGCCUGCCCUGCGCCGCCCCCUCUGGCAGCUUCCACGACCUGUGUGAGUUUGACGACAGCCGUCGCAGCUGUCGCAGGCGCCUGCUGGGUCACAACCGCAGGCGCCGCAAGCAGCAGCACCACCCGCUGAUGCAAGGCACCCCGCCGCCCCAGCAGCCCUUGCCACAGCCGCUGUCGCAGCAGCAGCAGCAGCAGCAAACGAGCAGCUCCUCUAACCCAUUCUUUCCAAUAACUCGAAACACGGUGGAAGGAAAAGAAGUGGCAGCGGGGAUAACAGCAGCAGCAGCAGUAGCAGCAGCAGCAGUGGUGGCACCUCAUAUCCCCUCAUUUUCUCAAGGUGUCUCUCUUCCCACCACACCUACUGCUGCCACUGCCACUGCCACUGCCACUGCAAAAGCGGCUGCGACUGAACGCACUUCAGGACCAACAGCCCGUGAGCCCGUCCUCAAACCCCCGUUUGCCUCCCUCGCCUCUCUCCCCUCUGCUGCAGCUGUCCAGGCAGGGUCAAGUGGGGGAGGUGGUGACCCCCUGUGCGGUAGGCCCGUGCGGCAGUUCUCAGCCAUGAGUGCAUGUGACGAGGCCGGUGAGAGUGACAGCCAGCGCGCUGCUGCUGUGAUGACCUCUGAGGGGCCUGGCCGGGUAGGAAGGACAGAGGAGGGCAGAGGAAGUGGAGGAGAGGGGGGAGGAGAUAGGGCAGGAGAGGGGAGGGGUGGGGGAGGAGAGGGGGGAGGUGAGGGGGGAGAAGGAGGUGAAGGAGGAGGGAGAGAAAAGAGGGGAGGAGGAGGAGGAGAAAGAGGAAUGUUAGUUGAAAGUCAAGGGCAUUCACGUUCAUGGGACAUAGUGGACGGGAAGGUGAGUGGAGCAAAUGAGAUCGCAGAGAUAGGGCUGGGGGGAGGAGAGCGAAGGAGAGGAAGAGGGGAGGCAGAUACAGGGGGAAGAGAGGCAAAUAUGCAGCAAGACGAGUGGUUGGAAAAUCAGGCAUCUGCUGCCAAGCGACUUAAGACCCAACCUGGUGUGGGUGAGGCGGCAGCAGGGCGUGGGCAAGGGGAAAGCAGCGGGGCAAAUAGGGGCGAGGAGGAGAGAGAGGCGCAUGUGGUGGGUGGAGGCGAUGUGCCCUUGGGACGCCCUGCUGUGACGCUUGGUGGUGCAGAGGGGAGCAGUGCGUGUAGGGGGUGGAGCCUGGAGCUGAUCGGCAGGCGGUGGGGAAGUGAGGGGAGAAGAUGGGGGCAGAUGGUUGGAGGGAAGUUGGGGGGAUUGCAGAGAUCGGGCAAGGGGGAAGGAGGGCCAUCCAUGGAUUUGCAGGUUCCAAUCAAGGGCAAUUGGAAGGGCGGAGGAGCAGAGCAGGGUACCUUCUGA